AUGUCGUCAGCCGGUCAACCCGAGGACCUCGUAGGAUUCGUCCACCUCGAUGGACCCGCUCCGCUAAGCCAUCACCACGAAAUCCGACCUCGGCCGGUUGAUGCCACUGCCCUUUGGCACUCGUCCGCCUCGCCGACAGAUUUAAUGGUCAUAGAAAAGUGA